CCCCACCCCCACUAUGACUCUUGAUUGCAUGGCCACUAUGACUCUUGGUUGCAUGGGCUUAUACAUGUAUUUAUUUUCUAGAUCUUGCGACGAUCGGCUGCUUUGCGACAGAAUAGAAGCAAUUCCACUAUAUCCAAUUCACCACCUAUUUCUUGUUAGGUGCUGAUUAUCUUCGAAGUGGCUUUCUUCUACUGUAUACAAGGGACUAUAUUCACUUUCAUUAGCCCAUCAUGUCUAGCUUCUACAUUCCAAACAGGGACGUCGGCAACAAAACCACUGGGGAUGACUGGAGAAUCCGCGGCUACAAUCCCCUAACGCCUCCGGACCUCCUCCAGCACGAAAUCCCACAUACGGCCAAAUCGAAGCAGACGGUCCUCGAAAGCCGCGAUGAAAUAGUAGCCGUAGUCAAUGGCACCGAUGAAAAGGAGAGACUUCUAGUCAUCAUUGGACCAUGCUCCAUUCAUGACCCGAAGUCGGCCCUCGAAUACUGCGAUAGACUACUGAAGGAGAAGGAGAAGUACAAGGAUGAGUUACUCAUCGUCAUGCGGGCUUACCUUGAGAAACCACGAACAACAAUAGGCUGGAAGGGUCUAAUAAACGACCCCGAGAUCGAUAACAGCUUCCAAAUUAACAAAGGAUUGCGCAUGUCAAGGCAACUCUUCGUCGACCUCAACGACAAAGGGAUGCCCAUCGCUAGCGAGAUGCUGGACACUAUCUCACCACAGUUCCUAGCAGAUGUCCUCUCAGUCGGAGCCGUGGGCGCUAGGACAACCGAAAGUCAGUUGCACCGUGAAUUGGCGAGUGGCUUGUCUUUCCCGGUAGGAUUCAAGAACGGCACUGACGGAACAUUGGGUGUUGCCAUUGAUGCUAUCGGUGCUGUCAGACAUCCUCAUCAUUUCCUCUCCGUUACGAAGCCUGGGGUUGUAGCUAUCGUUGGCACUGUUGGUAACGAGGACUGCUUCGUGAUCCUCCGGGGCGGAAGCCGUGGUACCAAUUACGACGCGAAGAGCAUCGCAGAGGCCAAGGUUGCCCUAGCUAAGUCAGGUUUGAGCCAACGUCUCAUGGUAGACUGCAGUCAUGGAAACUCGCUGAAGAACCACAUGAACCAGCCUAAGGUUGCUGCUGACAUAGCAGGGCAGAUCUCCAAGGGAGAGACCGGCAUUAUGGGAGUUAUGAUCGAAAGUCAUAUAAACGAAGGCAGCCAGAAGGUACCUAAAGAAGGCAAGGAUGGUCUGCAGUACGGUGUCAGUAUCACAGAUGCUUGCAUUGGAUGGGAAGACACGGAAUCAGUCCUCGCUACUCUCGCAAAUGCCGUCAAAGAGCGGAGGAAGGUAGCUGGUAUAAAUGGUCGUCCGUUGGAAAUUAGGAGUGCUUAGAUGAGAGUCACCUAUCAUAAAAAACAAAGAAGGAGAAGUCUCGCGAUCUGUAAUAAAAGGUGGUUUAAAAAUUUGAAGAUAUCCAAAAGUUCGGCACAAAGGAAGGGGAAAAAAGAUAAACUAAAGCGUUCUUUGCAUUAGUUAACUAAUUACAAUUCUUAUACUUAGGUCCUUCUUAGAAAUGGGACCAAUAGGUUUAACUAAGUUUAACACGAUAAAAUACCAUGUAGGAAUAAUAGGAAUAAUAGGAAACAAAUUACAGGAAGUGUUGAAUUUGUCUCCAACUCGAGGUUGUUCUAGGUAUCCGUGAAGUAAAGAAGCUCGGUAGAAAGGUUCGUUGUAGGCCGAUGAAUC